GACAUCUGUAUGAAUCUCCGUCAGCAUACUGGUCAAGGAAAAGCGUUGGUGUUGCAUAUUAAAGAUGUUGAGGAGUUUGAUCUACUCGGUACCUGGUCAAGUCCUACUUCCUCUUCAGUGGGCCCAUCCUUAAAUGAGUCUCUUGACCAACUCAUCCGAAAAGGAUUUUUCAGGCCUUUUGACAUCAACAUAUGCAACGAGGCGUUACCAGACAGGUUCAGCAUUAAAGAUAGGCGAGCACUUGCUGUUAAGCUUGGGCUUUGUCUUAUGAACUUCUUUGAUGCUGACCUGACCUCAAACAGGAUCCAUUUCCUAGGUCCCAAACCAUACCUAGCUUUCAACUCAGAGCUUUCAGUAACAACUAACUCGGAAAUUUUCCUGGUAGGUCACCCUGCACUGCUAUCUUUUGCAAAGCUAUUACUAGAAAUGGAAUAUGGCCAAAAUAUGGACAUCGAUAUAAGUCCUCAUAAUAGCGAAAAUGGUCAAGCCUGGUUUCAGCUCAUGCAUCGCCUAGAACUCCUUGAACGAGAGAGAAACGACGUAUAUGUCGAAGCCAUCAGAGGCUGUCUUACCGUUCAUUAUAAGAUAGCGAGUGCGCUGAGGUUACGCGGCUCUGAGCACAAAGAUGUGGAUUCCAUAAUAAGAAAAAAUCUCUACAUGGAGAUUGUCUAUAAACUCAUGAUUGGACAUGAACACUCUCAGAAUGGCUACACGCAUGCUCGAAAACGGCGACGACGAGAUUCGCUUGAACGAACAACACCUGAAUACAAGAAACGACACAUCCCCGAGUCACAGGUACUUCCUGCUGUGUCUGGGUCAAGGAUCAUGUCCUCUGUGCGACCUUCUCACCGCGACGACUUCGAGAUCGCAAUCAUCUGCGCGCUACAGCUUGAGUACGAUGCGGUUUCCUACAUUUUCGACGAAUUCUGGGACGAUCAUGGUGACCCGUAUGGAAAAGCCGCGGGAGACCACAACAUCUAUACGACCGGCCGUAUGGGCAACUGUAACGUCGUUCUAGCCCUCUUGCCGGAGAUAGGGAAGGCCAGCGCAGCCAGCGCGGCAGCUAGUAUGCGAUCGAGCUAUCGAUGCUUGCGGCUAGCCAUCCUUACAGGAGUAUGUGGUAGUGUGCCGCAUCGCCAAUGUAGAGAAAUCUUCCUAGGCGAUGUAGUUAUCAGCAAGACCGUUCUCCAGCACGAUUUUGGCUGGCAAUAUUCGGACGGGUUCAUACGCAAGAACACUGUCGAAGAUAAUCUUAGCCGGCCAAAUAAAGAUGUCCGCAACCUGGUCACCAUAUUUGAGACUGAUCGAGGUCGCGAUCAACUCGAACAACUAACCACCCAAUUCCUCCGACAGCUCCAAGCCAACGCUGCCUGGAAAAAGCGUCCGGGCAAGUACGACUACCCUGGAACAGCGGAAGACAAGCUGUUUGAGUCGACUCAUCGCCACAAACAUCACGUAUCGCCGACCUGUAUUUGCCGCAAUUGCUUUAACGAUUUAGACCCUGUUUGCGAUGAGGCGCUUAUAUCAUCAUGCGCGGAUCUCGGAUGCGAUGAUGAACGUUAUAUUGCGAGGAAACGGCUCCAGGCAAUGCAUCAGUUCGAAAAUGUCGGGGGCGAUAAUACUCCGCAGCCUGCAGUGUAUGUGGGAGCUGUCGCGUCGGGAGAUAAGGUAAUAAAGUCGGCAGCGGAACGGGACAAGCUUUCGACAAAAGCAGACGUAAUCGCGUUCGAGAUGGAGGGCGCCGGGGUCUGGGAUGAAGUGCCCUGUAUCGUCGUUAAAGGAGUGUGCAACUAUGCGGACAGUCACAAGCACGAGAGAUGGCAGAAUUUUGCGGCGGCGGCGGCGUCGGCGGCAACCAGAGCAAUUCUAGCACGCUAUAUCCGA